CGCUCUCUCUAGUCUCGGUUUGCCUUCCGUCGCGAGCGGUUGUGUUGUUUGGCGCGCUUUCCCGGUGUGGCGGUGAACUCGCAGAGAGAUUCGAAGUCCGAUUUGUGUGCUGAGCGUUGUCCGGUUUUGUUAGUGGAACGUGCCGAGUUGGUGCUUUAAUUGCGAUUGUAUAUUUCACCGUCAGAUUUUUAUGAGAAAGAACACUUGUGAGCAAAGUGGUGAUGCCGCCGUUCUCAACAACACAUUUGGACUAUUAUAUUUCUUAGUAUACCAUAGCCCGGAGCACAAAGAAAAGUACCGAAAGCAGAAGUGGAAAGCUGAGCGAAGAAAUGCCGUGCUGAGUGUAGUGACGAGAUAUGAAAAAUUGCAUUUAGAAGGAAAGUUGAUCCAGGACGAAGAAAGUUAGGCAGAACGAGUUAGUAGGUGUUUGGUUUGAAGAGUUUGGUGUAAAGUGAGACUGCCAAACGACAAGUGUUGUCGUCAAGGAGAAUUCUUUCCUCAGGAUGGCAGCACCCACGGGAAAUUCCAUUGAGAUAGGACAGUCGGAACAGGAACUGGUUGGUUCGAAGAAGCGCAACACCAAGAAAUAUCUACUCAUAGGCGGAGCAGUAGCGAUUGUGCUAGCUGUUGUGAUCACCCUGGUCGUAGUGCUCACCGGAGACGAUUCAAGCGACAAUGGUGAUAAGAGCCCAAUCGUGUCCGGUGGAGAUCCAAUCACACUGGAGGAUUUCCUCACCGGUAAACUGUCGGCACGUGGUUUCAACGGUGCAUGGUCACCGAGCGGUAAAGUGAUUUCUCGGGACGAUGUUGGACGCGUUCUGGCUUACGAUCCGGCCACGAAUGAAACUAAAACACUACUCGAUGAGAAACAUGAAGAUCUGCUGCAGGGAUUCAAGUUCGAUCUUUCGGCCGAUGAACGGUAUCUGUUGGUAGCUAGAGGGUACAGCAAGAUCUUCCGUCACAGUUUUCUGGCCGUGUACGACAUUGUGGAUCUGCAGAACAACCGCGUCAUUCCGAUCAACGUCAAUGGCGAGAGGAGAGCGCUCAAUGUGGUAGAAUGGGGUCCCGUGGGAAGUGCGUUCAUAUUCGUUUUUCUCAACAAUUUGUACUACAAGCCGUCACCCGAUGCUCAGGAGAUUCAGAUUACGACUGAUGGAGAGGCUAGCAUCUACAACGGCAUCCCGGAUUGGGUCUACGAGGAAGAAGUAUUCUCGACCAACAUAGCAACGUGGUUCUCUACGGAUGGUCAAAAGCUUGCAUUUAUUAGGUUUAACGACACUACUACUCGACUGAUGAAAAUCCCAAUCUACGGACCUCCUGGUCAUCCGGAAUUCCAAUAUCCCCAUGAACUUGCUCUGCACUAUCCGAAGGCUGGAACUCCUAAUCCCUCUGUGAACCUCUACCAGGUGAAUCUUAUGAACCCGUCGGUAAAGAUUGAAAUCAAGCCACCAUCUGCGUUGGUAACUCCAGAAAACGAUCAUAUCAUAACAUCAGUUGGUUGGGCUAACGAGAACCGUUUGAUUACAAUCUGGAAGAAUCGAGUACAGAAUCAUGCGAUCGUAACGACGUGUGAUCAAAACAACAGCUGUGGUGAAAUUCAAGAUAUCCGAGCCGAUGGAGGAUGGUUGGAAUUGUUCAGCGCUCCGGUGUUCAAUAAGGACGGAUCACAGUUCGUCAUUAUAAAAUCGCAGGAUCAGGGCGCCGCAGGUGGUUUCAAUCACAUUACCGUGAUGUCUAGUCAAACGACAAGUAGUAUGGCAUUUACAAGUGGAAAGUACGUGGUGCAAGAGAUUUUGAUGUGGGAACCGGAAACCAACAUGAUAUUCUACGCCGCCAAUACCGAGGAAGAUUCACACGUGCUGCAUAUCUUCGCGGUUCAAGGUCAUUCUGGCGCUAAACCAAUGUGUUUGACGUGUACAGUAGGAUCGAGCCCUAAACAGAGCUAUUUCAAUGCUCAGAUGAGCAAGAAGGGAAAAUACAUUGUUCUAGAAGCAAAAGGACCGGGCGUACCUUGGUCAGAGAUGUUCGAAUGGAGUUUUGUCAAUAACGCUGUUACCCUCAAGCCUGUUAAAACCCUGGAAACCAAUACUGAGCUGCGAGAGCGCUUGGAAGGCAAAUCUCUGCCGACUGUACAGUACCACGAGAUCGACUUGGAUAACGGAUUUACUUCUAAAGUUAUGCUUCUGGUUCCACCUGGUAUUGAUCUAAAUGGCAAGACGAAAUAUCCCCUACUUGUUGAUGUCUACGGAGGUCCAAACUCGUAUUCGGUAACCAGCUCUUGGUCGAUCGGCUGGGGUCAUCAUAUGAGCUCGAAUCGAUCGGUGAUCUACGCUAAGAUCGAUGGUCGGGGGUCAGGGUUGCGUGGCGACAAGCUGUUAUUCCAAAUCUAUCGCAAGUUGGGAACAUUGGAAAUUGAAGAUCAGAUCACAACGGCCAAGAAGCUGGCCGAAAAGCUGCCUUUCGUAGAUCCAAACCGCACCGCUAUUUGGGGUUGGAGUUACGGCGGCUACGCAUCUGCUAUGGCGCUAGCUAAGGAUACCCAACACGUAUUCAAAUGUGCUGUUUCCGUGGCACCAGUCACUGACUGGACAUUCUAUGAUUCCAUCUAUACCGAGCGUUACAUGGGACUUCCCACGGCUACAGACAACAAGCAAGGUUAUGAGCAGUCUCGGUUGACAGCAAUGUACGAAAAGUUCCGAGAUCGGAAGUACAUGUUGGUUCAUGGUACUUUCGAUGACAACGUUCACUAUCAACAGGCUAUGCAGCUCGCACGAGCACUGGAAACCCAUGACAUUAUGUUCAAACAAGUGAGCUACCCGGACGAAGACCACAGCCUCGCCGGAGUUCGGCCCCAUCUGUACCACACUCUGGGCCGGUUCUUCAGCGAGUGUUUCGACCUUCGGGACUGACAUGGUCUUCUAGCCGAAGACGGCGAGCACCAAAUGUACUUCAUACCGGACAAUGAUUCCUUCGUCCCUAAAGACUUAUCCAGCCUUCUGCGGGAGUUCCACCUGCAAAAAGUCACAAAUGGCAGCAUGUCCGUCUUGUAAAUAGUUUUUAAAAACAAUUGUCCAUUUUGCGUACAUCGCGCUCCUGUAAAUAGUGGACCGACUCUUGAAUCGAUUGGGAUGUAAAUGUUCUCUUUAGGCUCCUGUGUCUGUAAUGUAUACUGUGUACAGUUAAUGCUAUCCAGAACAGGUUUGUGAAACCACAAGACCAUCAACCAUUAUUAUAGAAAACAUAUUUCUGCAGCGCCAAGUAACAGGAACCACAUGAUAUGCCAAGUUUUACAAAUUAUAAAAAUACUAGUCAGUAUUCAGAAGAAGGAAUGUGUAAACAAACUUUUCACUUUUAUGUUAUGUUUGCUACACAUAGAUAGUUACGACCAAUAUUUUAUAAAAAUCAUUUCGUUUUAAAUUCAAAUUUUGAUGUUCUUUGGAGCGGUGUUCUGAAUGAAUGUUUUACAACUAGUAUGAGCUGUGUUAAAUGGUAGGUCACAAAUUGUAACUUGUUAUUUAAAUGUUAAUAAAUAAACAAUUUCAUACGGA